AUGUCUGAGGCAAAAGAUAACGACUUUGCUAGUUUAUUAGAAGAUGCAGAAACUCCCCUCUUCCCUGGUUGCACAUCUUACACAAAGUUAUCAGCAUUCGUCACAUUAUACAAUUACAAGUCUACUAAUGGUCACACAGACAAUAGUUUCAAUGAGCUCCUUAAGAUCUUAGGUGACAUGCUUCCAGAAAAAAACACACUUCCAGAAACUGUUUACUCGAUGAGAAAAUUGUUAAAACCAUUUGAUUUAGGAUAUGAGAAGAUUCAUGCUUGCCCAAAUGAUUGUUGUCUAUUUCGAAAGGAGCUUAAAAAUCUGGAUACGUGUCCAAAGUGUGGUUCAUCAAGAUGGAAGGUGGACAAAGUCACCACCAAAGUUUUUAAAGGGGUUCCAGAAAAGGUGCUACGGUAUUUUCCGGUGAUACCAAGAUUUAAAAGGAUGUUUAAAUCAAAAGAAAAAGCUGAAGAGUUGAUUUGGCACUCCAACCACAAAAGUCAAGAUCACAUGAUGCGUCAUCCAGUUGAUUCAGUAGCUUGGGAUACAAUAAAUCAUAAAUGGCCAGAUUUUGCAUCAAAUCCUAGAAAUCUACGCCUUGGCCUUGCAACCGAUGGAUUCAACCCUUUUGGCGACCUUAGUUCUAGAUAUAGUUGUUGGCCCGUUAUUUUGGUAAAUUAUAACCUUCCUCCAUUGAUGUGCAUGAUGAAAGAAAAUCUUAUGUUGACAUUACUAAUUCCAGGUCCAAAGCAACCGGGAAAUGAUAUAGAUGUAUACUUGGAACCCCUUAUCGAGGAUUUAAAGGAGUUGUGGGAGAUAGGUGUAGAGACUUAUGAUGCAUUCAGCAAGUCAAUGUUCAAUCUAAAGGCUAUUUUGAUGUGGAAAAUCAAUGAUUUUCCAGCUUAUGGAAACCUAGCUGGAUGUGCCACAAAAGGGAAACUUGGUUGCCCAAUAUGUGGGGAAGACGUAUGUUCUAUGUGGCUUAAGUAUAGCAGGAAGUUUGCAUAUAUGGGCCACAGAAGAUUUCUUUCUCCUAAUCACCCAUUUCGUCAGAAAAAGAAGUGGUUUAAUGGAAAAAAAGAAAGAAAAGGGAAACCUAGACCUUUGAAUGGGUUAGAAAUUCUCAAUGCAAUGAUAGAUAUUGAAAAGGACUGGGGUAAAAAGAAAAAGGAUGUGAAUGCCAAUACUUCGGGGAAAAAGAGGAAGAAACAAGAUAGUUCAAAAGAAAUGCAAAAAUCUAUUCAACAGUGGAAGAAAAAGUUGAAGAAAAUAAAGUUACCCGAUGGCUAUAGCUCAAAUAUUGGUAACUGUAUUUCUUUAGAAGAGCGUAAGCUUAAUGGGCUGAAAUCUCAUGAUUGUCAUGUUCUAAUGCAACAAUUGCUAUCAGUAGCAUUGAGAAAUCUUCUACCGAAAGGUCCAUGUAAUGUUAUAUUUCUGCUUGGUUCAUUUUUCAAUGAAUUAUGUCAAAGAGUGUUAGACAGGAAUCGUUUAGAAGCACUAGAGGAGAAUAUUGCUGAAACUUUAUGCAUGUUGGAAAGAUAUUUUCCACCUGCCUUCUUUACCAUCUCGGUUCAUUUGACAAUUCAUUUAGCAAGAGAGGCUCGCUUGUGUGGGCCAGUCCAAUUCCGUUGGAUGUAUCCAUUUGAAAGGAUGCACAUCGAGGAGCUUAAACAAACAGAUAAUCGUUUCUCAAGUAAUGAAACAUUGUUACAAAAGCAACAUAUGGAAACAUUUGCUGAAUGGUUAUCAAAACAUGUUCCUUUUAACUCUUCAGGCCGAAUUCAAUGGCUAACAUAUGGUCCAAGAAAGCAUGUUACAUCUUAUACGGGUUAUAUUAUAAAUGGACAUCGGUUCCACACAAUUGAUGUUGAAAGGUCGACACAAGAUAGUGGAGUUUCGAUUGAAGCCGAUACUGUUUGUCAAUCCAAUGCUAAUGAUUAUUCACAUACAGUAAAAAGACUAUCAUACUAUGGAGUUAUACGAGACAUUAUUUUACUAGACUACUAUUCUUUCAAAGUACCUAUUUUUAGGUGUGAUUGGGCCAAUCAUGGAAAUGCAUUCAAAAAGAUGGGCAAAAAGAGCAAAAAGCAUAGCUUAGCAUCUCCAAAUGAAAUUCAGGAAACUAUAGCAUCACAUGAUUUGCAUGGUGAAGAACAAAUUAUUGAUGACAAACCUUAUAAGAAAAAGGGAAGGGGUCCGUCCAAACUCAAAAUGGUUAGUGGCCAAGACAAGUGCAAAGAGUUAGAGCGUAAUGAGUUAGGACAACCGAUUGGAGAUAAUUCGGUAAAGUAUGCUUCUUUUCUAGGGUGCAUGAUUAAGGAAUUUGUUCCAUAUACAUUGGAUGGAUGGAAUGAAAUAGGUGAAGAAGUAAAGGAUAGGAUGUAG